ACUCCAGGGGGGUGCCCCUUUAUCAGACAGGGACGCUCGACUUCCGCCUGGUUCUGUCACUGGUGAAGCCGUCCCGGGUCAGAGCGGGCCCGGCCUGAAGGGUGUGGCUGUUUGUCUGGACUCCCCGGAGGCCGUGUCGCCUUGAUGCGGUGUUCUAGGCCAGCCGGCCAUGCAGACAGGAGGCUUGUGAGACGGAGUGACGUGAAGCGGAGAUGAAGGAGACCGAGGGCAGCAGAAAGACUUCACACACAGUCGUGGGAAGAUUGUAGCGGACUCGGCAGACACAAAGCCGGGGGAGGAGUUGAGAGAGGUGCCAUGGGGGGUACACUCUCCCACUCUGUCUGCAGCGCUGCUCGCUGUGGUGCAGCCGGAGCGAGCCCACCGUGUGCGCUGUGGUGCGCACGCGUGUGUCAGAGCGGCUCUUCACACCUCCGCCCACGAGCUCCUCUGCCCGGCUCGAGAAGGCCGGCGGUGUCACCCGUGCAGGCGCGGACUGCGCUCCCUCUUCCUCUGCAGGAAGAGCUCGUGGGAACCUCGGUCGCGAGGCCGCGGGAGGCUGUUCUCGAGGCCUGAAGCAAUUAAUCAAUUAAGACCUCCGGCGUGCGCGCAGCAAAAGGCAGUGGUAGAGACAAUUCACCAGCUGCCUCAAUAUUUAUGAGCACGUAAUAAUGAGCGUUUUGAGAUGUUUGCUUUUGAAGGCACUAUAUGAAACAAGGUGUAUUGUUCUAAACCCAGAACAGGACCUUUCUUCGUCCGGGUCUUUCGAGAACAGGCGCGGAAGUGCUGGAGUCUGUUGAUAAACCGUGGGAGCGUGGUGCUGUUUGCGCGACGUGUCUUCAGAAAUCCGCACCUGCAGACCCGGCGGAGACCGAGCUCUGAGCGCGAGGCUACCGGCGGGACAGCGGAAGCCGCGCGCGUCAGUCGCAGCUCAUUAAUUUCGGAGAGAGAGAAAGAAAGCUGAGUGAUUCGCAGAAGCGAGGGCGCUCCACCGUCCCUCCCUCCUCUACUCCUCCUCCUCUUCCUCGCCACAGAGGAGCUCGUCAGCAGGGCGUCGCGCACUGACACUCCGAGGUAAAACAAAAACCAACGGAAAACGCGGCUCAAGCGGCGCAUUGCUGUUCCUCGCCGGGCGCGAGACGUUCCCACCUCGCCGGGCAGCGGGCGCGUGCGGGCGGCGCGAGAGGAUGGCGGCGCUCCUGCGGCUCCUGGUGAUCGUACAGGCGGCGCGCGCUUCAGGACAGCGGCUGCUCGGCGUCCGCCAGUGGCCCGAGUCCCUGCGCGCGGAGGAAGGCGGCGAGGCCGCCAUCAGCUGCUCCUUCAACGGCACCGGCUUGGAGACGGUGUCGGUGGAGUGGUACCGGAACCCCACAGCCAGCGAGGCGCCCCCGGAGAAACGGUACACGCGCCAGAACGUCACGGGCCAAGGCACCGUGGCGGUGCUGACGCUCCGCGCGCUGCGCCCGAAUGACAGCGGCGUGUACGCGUGCAAGAUCACCCCGCUGAUCCCCGUGCAGCUGGAGGGCGCGUGGGGGAACGGCACGCGGCUGACCGUCUCAGGCGCGAGUGGGUCCCGGCUCGUGGCGGCGCUGCCCUGGGCGCUCGUGCCCGCGCUGGUGCUGCUGGCGGCGGCGGCCGCGCUCUGCUGCUCCCGGGCCCGGCGGGACACCGGCAAUAAUAUCUACACUGAAGCAGACCGCGGGCCUCCGCAGGCGCGCGCCUCCCGCGAGCCGGAGCCGGAGCCGGAGCUGGAGGACUUCGGCUACUCUGUCCUGCGUUUCCCCGCGGGCCCGUCCUCGAGAGGGACCUGCGCCGCGGCGCGAGGAGGCGGCGAGCCCGCGGCCGCCCGGCAGGCACGCGCUGGAGAGCGGCACGAGGAGGUGGUGUAUUCUCUGUGCGGCCCACAGCGGAGCUGACACGCGUGGACAUCGUGGAAUUCUGCAGGCACAGCUCAGCCACACAAGCCGAGGUUCACGCGUGUACAUUCCGCAGCGCGGCGAUGCGAGUUCACAAGACCGUUAAAAUGAACGACAAGCCAGGGAGCCGCUAACGGGAAACGUACCUUUUACUGCUCACGAGAUCAAGGAUAGGUCCGUCAGCCCGCGUGCCACACACGUCCUGAUUUGUUCAAAGUAAGUGUGCGCACGGGCUAAGUAAUUAUAAUUACAAUUUAUUAUAAUAAUGAUAUAUAAUUUAUAAUUAAUACCCCGGCGUCCU